AUGAGAUACAAAAAUCAAAGCCUUUCAAAGUUGAGGAAACAUUAUCGCUUAAGAGAUUCAUUAUUUGUUGACCCAGAAUUCCCUACUGAUAUCAUUUAUCCCAGUAAAAGUACCUAUUUUACUAAAAAUUGCAAUAUAUCUUGGAAAAGACCAAAUGAAUUGUCCUCUAAGCCAUAUCUAUUCGGUGAUGAUUCUUGUCCAACAAGUGUCUAUCAAGGCUGUCUUGGAAAUUGUUGGUUUGUAGCUGCUUGUAUUUGCCUUCGUUUGCAUAAGCAUUUGAGACAUAAAAAAAACAAUCAGCUAAGUAAACAAGCAUUGUGUAGUGAUGAAUUGGUUGUUGGGCAUGCUUAUGCUGUUGUUGCAAUUCUUUGUCACUCAUUUGAUGAUCAUAAAAGUUCAAAGGCAUACAGUGGUCGAUAUAUAUGUCUGGCCAAUCCGUGGGAUUUAAGGACCAGUGGUUUUUCGUCAGAUAUAAAAGAUGAGAAUAAUUUAAACUAUUUUAUUACGAAGGAAAAUAAAGAUGGAAGAUUUUGGAUGGAAUUUGAUAGCUUUAUCGAAGUUUUUGAUACUAUAGUGUUGUGUCACACUCCUGUUGCUCAAUCAUGCUUUAAAUCUAUUCCAGCGUUGGGUUUGUUGUAUUCUAAUGAAGUAAAUAUUUCAACGACAAAAACAACCAGAGAUGAAUGUAACGGUACCCUCGAAAGUUGUGUAACAUCAUUGUAUAGUGUUCCUGUAGAUAUUUUGUGUCAGAAAAGAAGAUGGUUUGAAAUCAGGUUUCACAACAAAUGGUCUCCUGAGUCAGAUGGUGGUUGCUUAAGUUAUUGCAACAGUUUCCUUAAAAAUCCGAAGUUCUUGAUCACUAUUCGUAAUCGAACUGGUUCCUGCUUGUUAAUUUCUUUAACACAAAAAACCAAACGAUACACGAUACCUCAUAGUUCAACAACAGGACUAUUUCACAUUGGAAUGAGUUUGUUUCACGUAACAAAUCAUAACAUGAAUAAUGAUAAUAAUCAUGUCUGCUCUACAGUUUAUCGAAAUACUCGUACAGUUUCUAUUCUUCUAUUCUUAAAUUCUGGGCGUUAUGUUCUCUUCCCAACUACAUUUUAUCCAAAAUGUCAUGCUGGUUUUAUGCUAAGAUUUUUUAGUUCGCAUAAAAUUUCAGUGAAAUAUUAG